AUGGGAGCUAAGAAACGCAGAGUCGAGGGCGAUGCUGGGACAUCGUCUUGCUCGGCACCUGAAAACGAACACUCCAAUACGAACCUCAUUCUUUACUCGAAGAUGAAGCUGUCUGUGUGGGAGAGGCUACAACUGGGCAUAGCAAUCGGGGUAUCUCGAGAGAACAGGAAGAGAGAUGCGGUUUACUCAUCCUUCGUGGAGACCAUCUCCCAUCCUGGCUUUGGGUCUUAUAGGAGAAGACCCUCCAAGCCAUUCGAAUCCCUUUCCGGCGCCCAGAGAGCGAUAGGCGAUCAGUUCGGGUUUACCCAUCAUGAGGAUCCCUCGAUACCCGACGGGCUGUAUCCUGUACACGCCGCAAGCCAAAGACUCCAAGCCGUGACAGGAGCUCGAAAUCCCCGCCGGUUCAUGCCUUUCUGGGACGACAUCAAGUAUUGCUACAAUGGCCUGAAGGUUGAAGAAGCCAGGGCCGUAGGUGAUGGCUUCAGAAUAACGGAUGUGCGCCGUCAACUCGAGUUGGCCUGCCGCACGAAUGGAUAUCGCAAAUUGGAAGUCGAGUCUCUCGCUUUCAGUCGAAAUGGCUGUGAAUUGUGCAAGGAAAUGUUUCAGCUGGGUCCGUCAGAGCAGACGUGGGAGCAAAUGGAGUUUGGUGACUUGGUGAUUGAUGACAAGGUGGGCAAAAUUACGCUGUACGAGGCCAACGUAACCUCCUAUUCAGGAGCUACACGAACAUGGACCUGGUUCAAGAUCGAGAAACCGCUGGCUGUAGGAGACGGUCGAUUUCCCUCGGAGAUUCGAAACCUACCGAAUUCAUGGGUGAUCAUCGCCAUGCCUAAGCGGCAGGUCAUGCAACUGAGUGCCAAUUACUCAAUCUCAACGCAGCAGCUCACGAUGUCACUUCAAUUAACGAAAGAUGGCGUCCCAAGCAUGAUCUGCAGCGAUGCGCCCGAGGUGGUUGCCUCGAAUCUCGCUGGUCCCAAGAAUUUUCUUUGGGUGUCGAAAAUGCCCAGCACUCGCAGAAAUAGGGGACGGCGAUGGUGGAAGCAGUUUCGGAAUCUCGCGGCCAUCGAUGCGCUGUCUUGGGAAGCGGUGCAGGCGGACAUGGAGAGAUUCGAAUGCCAAGUCGAAGUGGUCUCCAAACCUGGCGCUAAGUUUGUGGAAGUUGGGCCUGCUGAGAGAAAGGGAGACAAAGAAUAA